CCUUCUAUUUUGGUCAGCAAGGGGUGCUUUGUAUUCCACUACUGUGGGCUCUCAGCGAUGCUACCGGCAUGUAGAUGCGACCGUAGGGGCGCUUCUAGUCAUUCUCAUCUAUCCCUAUAUUGCAUUCGAUACUUUGCAUCUCAGCCUCCGCAAGAUUUGCACCCGCUUUAGGGUGCCGGGGAUGGGCAGAGUACUUAUAGCGAUGGACCCCUCGCUCCGAGUUCUCCAUCCUUCUGUGCAUCGCCGAGAACGGAUCAUCGACAGAUUCUCAUAUUAUGAAGUCGCAACUUCUUCUGACCGUGGCUUUGGCCGCAAGUGCGAGCGCCCGUGUGAUUGAAGGCAGACAAGCGAAACCACCACCAGCGCCGGCGGCGACUGGAGACUUGGGCAAAUGCGGCCUCGACUCCUUCGACGGCCACCCAAAUGAAGCAAACCGCUUCUGCAGCAGUAUCCUCGUCUCAGGUACUCUGACAGUAACAACGACAAUCAGCAAAGGCAGCACCUCAACCGUCUCGACGACUGUCUUUACCACGAUAACCCGAACAUCUACCCCUAAACCCCCCAUCACGACUCCGACCAGCACACCGAAGCCCCCGAUUACAACGCCGACGCCUACGCCGACGCCUACGAAACCCACUUCGUCGCCUAGCCCCACACCAACAGCAGGCUGCGGCAUCGUCGGCUACACAAAGGACACAGCAGCAUACUACUUUGACUCGUCGGGCACACAGAACACGUUCGCGCUGUGCAGCGCAGCGUGCAAAGCGGAUGCGAAGUGCAAGAGUUUCGGCUACGGCGAGGCGAAUUGCAUGUUGUUCGAUGUCGAUGCAACCAGCAACACAAACUACAACCCGCAAUCCCCCUACACCUUCUACGAUGCCGCCUGCCCCGUCGAGCUCCCCGUCCGCAAGAAGGCGGCUGAAAAGCGCCAGAUCUCGAUUUCGCUGGGCAUCAGCGACCCGGCUAAGAUCUCGUCGGCGUGUUUCUGCUACCUGGGCACUGUGCCGGCGGGAACUACCAAGACGGCGAGCGUGACGACCACGGGAGUAGUAAAGGUUACGAGCACGGUUACUAGGACGUUGAGUUUGGUAGAUGGGCGGAGAGUUGGGUAGACAUCGGUCGAGAUUAGGGAGGGGAACGGUGGAAGGAAGGGAGGAGGAGAUGGGGUGGGAAAUGUAGUUGUUUGUCAUUAUUUGUGUGUAUGUUUUUGUUUUCUUUAUGAAUUGGAAAAAAAUAUUUAUUCGCUUUACUAUGGUAUCAUAUCGGUAUUCCCACGCCAUCAUCCAACUACCCUUCUAUCUUUCUCACCACACUCUCUUCCACCCAUCACACCUUCUCCCCCCCCCUCUCCUCCUCAUCCCUCAACACUAUCCUCCCUCUAUCCCUCCUUUCCCUACUCGCCCUCAAAACUCUAGCAACAACCGCCACAAAAACAACAAUUCCCAUGAGAUGCAAAAGCAACGAUAAAUGUGCGCAUCCGCUCCCUCCACUUCCACCUCCAACCAUCAUCCUACUAGAAGACGGAAGCGCAGAAACGUCAUGCUCAUACAGCACCCUCGCCCUCCCUUCUUCCCCUUCCAAUUCUUCCUCCGCACCGGAUGCAUGCCCCGUAGGUCUCGGCCACGGCGUAAGCGUGACCCAGCCCUCGCCAUGCGUCGUCGCCGUCGUAGAAACCGAGAACGUUGUCCACGACAUUUUCUGUUUCCCGUCGUCGCUACCGUGCACAAUGUCUAGGAUCUCUUGGGCCUCGGCUGCAGGUCGUUGGAACGCUUCGUCUUGCUCGUGUGGUGACGAUGGGGGUUGAGCGUGCGGUGUGGGACGCGGCCACGGCUUCAACGUCACCCAGCCUUCUCCGUGCGUUGAUGUGGUGGACACGGAGUAUGUUGUCCAUGUGAGAUGGGGGUUGUGCUGUUUUCCUUUUGU